AUGGAAACUGAUGAGUUAGGUAAUGAUUUGGUUCGGUUAGAUAAUGGAUUUCUUGUUGACGAAGAGACCUACGUUGUGAACUCUGAUGAUGUUUUGGAACAAGAAGAAAACAAUUCAGAUUCUAACUGUGGAGGCAAAAAUGUACCUUUAAGAGAACAAGAUAGGUUCUUGCCUAUUGCAAACAUUGCUAAAAUUAUGAAAAGGGCAAUUCCUGAAAAUGGAAAGAUAGCAAAAGAUGCAAGGGAAUGUGUACAAGAAUGUAUAUCUGAGUUUAUAUCAUUUAUAACUAGUGAAGCUAGUGAUCGUUGUCAAAUGGAAAAGCGAAAAACAAUUAAUGGAGAAGAUGUCUUGUUUGCAAUGAAUGCCUUAGGUUUUGAUAAUUAUGUGGAUCCCUUAAAAAUUUACCUUAAGAAAUAUAGAGAGAUUGUUCUUUCACCGGUAACAAUUAAUAAGAUGAGCAAAACCUAUGUUCUAUAUGGAAGUGAUGGAGCACCCUGUGUCCCAACGGAGAAUGACAGUGAAACAACAAAUGAGACAGUGAUAUAUGCAUACCCAAAAGUCAUUGGCGAUUUU